GGCACAAUGGUAACGCUGAGUCCCGUCGAUUCGGUACCCCUCACGCUGAGCGUCAACAGCAGUGGCAGGCAAAGCCCGGACAAUUCCAUCGCGUCCGGAGAAGGCUGGGUGGUGGGCAUGUCCAUUCUCAUGUCGUUGAUCGUGCUGGCCAUCGUCUUUGGCAACGUGUUGGUGAUCACGGCCAUCGCCAAAUUCCAGCGGCUGCAGACGGUCACUAACUAUUUCAUCACUUCUUUGGCCUGUGCGGAUCUCCUGAUGGGCCUGGGGGUGGUCCCUUUCGGAGCCAGCUACAUCAUCCAGCGUAUCUGGAAGUUUGGGAGUUUUUGGUGUGAGUUCUGGAUCUCAAUUGAUAUCCUCUGUGUGACAGCCAGCAUCGAGACGCUGUGUGUCAUUGCUGUGGACAGGUACUUUGCCAUCACUUCGCCUUUCAAGUAUCAAAGCCUUUUGACCAAAAAUAAAGCCAGGAUGGUCAUCCUCUUGGUUUGGGUAAUAUCAAUCCUGACUUCCUUCUUACCUAUCCAGAUGCGGUGGUACAGAGCCAAAGGGGAGGAUGCUAAGACUUGCUACUUGAAUGAGAGCUGCUGUGACUUCUUCAUCAACCAGGAGUAUGCCAUUACUUCCUCUGUCAUCUCCUUCUAUGUACCUUUGGUGGUGAUGGUUUUUGUCUAUGCCAGAGUCUUCCAGGUUGCUCAGAAGCAGCUAAAAAAAAUAGACAAAUGCGAAGGACGGUUCCAUCAGCAAAACUCCAAUCAGGAGCGAAAUGCGGGAAAAGGAAAUCAUAGGAAAACAUCUAAAUUUUGCUUGAAAGAGCACAAAGCUCUUAAAACUCUGGGCAUUAUCAUGGGUACUUUCACUCUGUGUUGGCUCCCUUUUUUCAUUGUCCACAUUGUGAGUGCUAUUGAAGAGACCUUGAUUUCCAAACAUGUAUAUAUCUUCUUGAACUGGGUGGGAUAUGUCAAUUCUGCUUUCAACCCUUUAAUUUACUGUCGAAGCCCGGACUUCAGGUAUGCUUUCCAGGAGAUCCUCUGCUUCCGGAGGUCUGCCUUGAAAAUGUAUGUCAACGGAUAUUCCAAUAGCAAUGGGAAAAAUGACUGCAAUGGGGAUCACAAUGACAUUCACGCAGAUGAACAAAAGACUGACCAAUGGCUCUGUGAAGAAGGAAGUCCCCCUAUUGGGGAAGAUUUUGUGCAUUGCAAAGGUACCGUGUUGCAUGGUAGCAUUAAGUCCCAUCAGACUGAGCAUAGCAGAAAUGUCUACCUGUUGUCAUGAUUGUUGUGGCUGCCAGAGGGCCUGAGCAGGGAUUACACUAUAGCGACUAUAGCAACGGGCAAACCUUUACCUCAAGUGUGGGAAGAGUCUUGUGUUGUUUUAUUCAUGGGCUACAGAAAUAUUUAGAGAAGGGCAUAUUGGAUCUGAAUGUGAGAGCCAUGUUUUAAACACUAUAGGAACUACUCCAAAGGAGGUGUGUUUUUUUCUUUUCAUUUUGAUGGUGUAGUAGUACAACACUCAACUACCUCUUAGCAUAGCAAUAAUGUUGAACUUAUCAACUGCUCCUUAGAGGGAAAUUCUUGAAGUCAAGCAGGAAUUGAGUGAUAUUGGCAGUUUACCCUUUUAUCUGCAAAUGAGGCAAGAAGUUGGAUGGGUUAUACAGUUUUUAGGAAUAAUGCACAGUCAAAUGUUUACUUUUUUGUAUUGUCCUUAUUAGUGAUGAGACUGUACUUUGCUGCAGCUGACUCCGAGUUUCUUUAUACUUAGAAAGUAUACUAUUAAGAAACAGUUCUGGUAUCAUCUCAACUAAUCUUUAUUACUUUCAUCAGAGUUUUGUUCAUGUUUGGAUAAUCGUCAUAUCUUUUAAUGUCUUCAUAUUAGAGUGUAAAUUUUCUCUAGGGUUGCUUCAUUCUUUGUUAUUUAAUGACAGUUUUCUUCAAAUAUUAGAUGUUUAGGAGGUUACAUAGAAAUUAUGCCUAAUUUUGUUUGGCAUAGCUAAUCCAUCUUCAUUAUCCAUUCAUUACAGUUUCCUCAUGAUUGUAGAUUUCCACAAACUAUCUCAUAGAUUUGGAAUCUUAUCUGCUUAAAAUCUUAUUGUGGAAAACUCAUUAAUCAGAACUUUUUUUAAAAAAAACUGUUGCUGACAUAAUCACAGCGAGAGACCUAAGUGGAGUGACCUGUUCAGGCAAAGUUGCAUUAUAAUAUAAAAUAACUUUUCAUUUCAAGUGAUAGAUGAAUUUAAUCACUAACUGUGUCAAUGGUUUCACUUGUCCUUCUCUGACUUCUAAUCCAGUCAUGUUGGGAAGGUAAAUGUAUUUUAAAUCAGCAAGAAGUUUGCAAGCAAUUCCCAUUUAAUAUUUUCUUUGCAAACUACUUAUGGUUAUGCAGGGAUUUUUAAAGGCAUUUCACUAUUUAAAGUCACCAAGACAAUCAAUAUUCUUUUUCCUUCCAUUUCGAUAAAAUACAGUCCACAAGAAUCUGCAUGCAAUGAGUUCUGGAAUAAACAUGAAAUUGAUCAGACUCCUUACAUUAUUUUUGGUUGUUAAAUUUGUACUCUGUGUACUUGACAGACUACUUUAUCUCUGGUGGUAUUGAUCAUUAGCAUUUUAGAUUCAGUGAGCUGUAUACAGUAGCUGUUGCCCCUUAUUCAAGUUUUGCUCCCUUUCUGUCUAUAGAGACAGUUUUUACCUUGUAUGGCUCUUUCAGAGAGCUGGCUACAUAAAUCAUUCCAUCAUGCAUUGUAUAUAAUUGUG